AUGGCUGAAGAAAACUGGGACUAUUUGGGUGAAAAAUGGGAAGAUAUUGCGCAACCGGUAAAAGAGGCUUGCAAAGAGCUUGUCUUAACAGACGAGCAGCUUCGAACGCUGAUGAAAAGCUUGCACCAAGAGAUACAGCGUGGGUUAAACAAAAAAACUCAUGAAGAAGCUAUUGUCAGAUGCUACCCGACUUACGUCCAGGAUCUUCCCAAUGGAACUGAGAAGGGACAUUUUCUGGCUCUGGAUCUCGGCGGUACUAAUUUCCGAGUCCUGCUGAUUUCGCUAGACUACACGAACUUCGACAUGAAGAGUAAAAUCUACGCGAUCCCACAGUCGCUUAUGCUUGGAUCUGGAACACAAUUGUUUGAUCACAUCGCUCAGUGUCUCGCGCUCUUCGUCAAGGACUUGAAGCUGGAGAAAGAAAUUCUACCGCUUGGUUUUACCUUCAGUUUUCCUUGUAGUCAGUAUGGAUUGACUAAAGGAGUUUUGGUGAGGUGGACCAAAGGGUUCAACUGCAGCGGAGUCGUUGGUGAGGACGUCGUUCAUUUGCUUGAAGCUGCUAUUGCUAAAAGAAAUGAUGUCAGAAUUGAUGUCUGUGGUAUCUUAAACGAUACAACCGGAACUCUGAUGUCUUGCGCAUGGAAGAACCACAACUGCAAAAUCGGGCUGAUUGUUGGAACUGGAAGCAACGCUUGCUACGUUGAAAAAACCAAAAAUGUUGCAGCAGCAGUUCCCGGUAACUUCAAUGAAAAUAAAGAGCACAUGCUGAUCAACACCGAGUGGGGUGCGAUGGGUGAGCGCGGAACCCUGGACUUUGUCGUUACUGAAUUCGACAGAGCCAUCGACGAGAACUCUAUUAAUCCUGGCACCCAAAUCUAUGAGAAAAUGAUCUCUGGAAUGUACAUGGGAGAGCUGGCUAGGCUGGUUCUCGAAAAGCUUAUUGAUACCGGUCUCUUGUUUGAAGGCAAGUGUCCGCCGGAUUUGAAAAAGCGGGGAAAAUUCUUCACUAAAUAUGUCUCGGAAAUUGAAGCAGAUCCAAAAGGCAAAUACACAAACUGCCGAGAAGUCUUAGCAGAGCUCGGAAUCAGUAACGCAAAUGACCAAGACUGUGAAAACGUAAGAUACGUUUGCUCAGUAGUAUCAAGAAGAGCAGCUCACCUUGCUAGUGCGGGUAUUGCAUGCUUGUUGAAUAAAAUCGGAGAGAACAACGUUACUGUUGGAAUUGACGGAUCAGUUUAUCGAUUCCACCCUCACUUCCAUGAUCUAAUGACAGAAAAAAUUGGCCAGUUACAAAAUUACAGUUUGACCUGAUGUUAUCAGAAGACGGAAGUGGUCGUGGAGCGGCUUUGGUAGCAGCAGUAGCCGCGCAAAAACGGUGA